AUGCUCAAACGCUCUUUGCGUCUUGCGAUGAAGAGAAAUCUCGACUCAUUUCUCAAGGAUCACUAUUCGUUGACUUCCAAAUCGGUCACGACCCCAAGAACGCCAUCUCCCAAAGUCAAAGUUCCUGGACCGCCUGCCAAGGUUCCCAAGUCCAAGUCCAAGCCCAGCAUGGUGACCACCACCAUUCAACUCACCAGCAAGGAGCAGCAGCUCCGCCGUCUGCUUCUUGAUGUUGCCAAAGACAUAGACGAGUCCGGAAAAGCUCCAGAGCCUAUUGUUCUCCGUUGGGCCGGUGGCUGGGUACGCGACAAGCUGCUCGAUAUCCAGAGUCAUGACAUAGACGUGGCCAUCAACGCCAUGACUGGGGUCCCUUUUGCUCAAGCUAUGUGCGAUUAUUGUGAACGACCAGAGGCCAUGUCCAAGCACAGCAUUGGCCAUGCAGAUAUUGGAAGCCUCCACAACGUUGCGCGCAACCCUGAGAAGUCCAAGCAUCUGGAAACGGCCAUGAUCAAGAUGUUUGGUCUGGAUCUCGAUUUCGUCAACCUCAGAAAGGAAACCUAUACCGAGGACAGUCGAAACCCUCAAAUGGAAUUCGGUACGGCUGAAGAGGACGCUCGCCGCCGCGAUGCCACCGUGAACGCACUCUUCUACAACUUACACGACGAUCGUGUUGAAGAUUUUACGGGGGGACUUGCAGAUAUGGAAGCUAAAAUAAUCAGAACCCCUUUGGAGCCCUUCCAGACCUUCAUGGACGACCCUUUGAGGGUUUUGAGACUUGUUCGUUUCGCCAGCCGGCUCCAAUUCACAAUUGACGCCAGCACGCGCAGAUACAUGGCAGACCCAAAGGUCCUCGAGGCAUUGCGUGCCAAGAUCAGUCGAGAGCGAGUUGGCGUAGAGUUGGAGAAAAUGCUCAAAGGAGAUCACCCUUUUGAAGCACUUCAACUCAUCCAUGAGUUACAACUCUUCCAUGCAAUCUUUACCGACCCAACCCAGGAGAACCUCCCAGUCCCCGAUAUAUCGCGCUGGGCUGUUGCUUAUACUUGUCUUGAUGAGCUUCUCAAUGAUCGAGACUCGACUUCCAUCGCUGGUCGACUUAUCACAUCCACGGAUGCCACAUACUCCGCUUGGAACCUUGCCGCGCUCUCUCCAUGGAUGACGGUCGAAGAGCCUCCGCAUCCUCGUAGGAAAGCAAACGCUCUCCCUCUCGUGGCCAUUGUCUCGCGCGAAGGCUUCAAAGCCCCAAAUCGACUUUCGAGUGUUGUUGCUGCUUCGCAUCGCAAUCGUGAUGAAAUUUUGAAGUUGAAACGUGCCGUCUGCAAUGGAGAGUCGUACAUCCAAGAACGAGAUCGCUUCGGCAUGGCAAUCAGGAAGUGGGACACGCCCGCUGGUACCUGGAGACUGCAGGUUUUGAAUGCACUACUCGUCGAGGCCCUAGAAACCCUGACGGUCUGGCGCCAAGAAGAGUCAGCAGAACAAAGUAACUUCUUAGCAGGCUGGAAGAGUUUCCUCGACCACCUCGCCAAGUUAGACGUUUAUGAAGUUACGACACUCGAAAAGCUCCUUGAUGGCGGAAAGCUCGCCAAAGCACUUGGUGGUAUCAAACCGGGGAAAUGGACAGGUCCGGCUCUAGAUAAGAAGUACAGCGGCGGAGAGAAGAGUUGGGGAUACCAUCACUCAGAACUCCUCACAGAAGCAGCUGUUGCCAGUCUCAGUAUCUUGUGCUCGAAAUACCGCAUUACCCUGGAUCAGAUUACUCUCGUGAAGCUCACAGCUGUUACUGAUCCUCAGGACCCAUGGACAACUGCACAAGCUGCAGCAGCAGCUUCAAAACUUUUGUCGAAACACCUUGAGGGUGAAAGUCUGAACGAUUUUAUCACCAACGCGGUCCUUCAGAAGCAUUUGAAGCCAUUAUUUAUGAAAUCAUCCUCGCGAAUCACUGCUUCAGGACGGCCCUCCCAGUAUGACGUGGUUGAUGAUCGGUCCCGACCUGUGAUUGAAGUGCAGUCAUGGAGGACUCAGGCCCCGUGGGCAGAGGCCACAAUCCAAUGGACAGUAAAUAUGUCUACGACGUCGCUCAUCAAGCAGCACUGGCCGCUUUUCUUGCCAGUCCUGUUGGCGCUGGUGGAGAGCGAGUCUACCAAGACCAAGGCCAGAGGCUUAAUGACCACGAGAGAAUUCAUGAACAGGUGCCCAGCUCAAGUACUGCAAAACACAGGCAUAGGCCGUGUAUUUGCGGACGUCACAUUCCCGCUCCUGCUCUAUCUCCCUAGCGUCACACCAGAGGAUGAGUCUACGACUAUACUCAUGCCGGCUUACGACGUGCUUAUUAAGCUGGCCCAGGCCACCGGGCAUACCAACAGUAUCGAGCGCCGCCGAUUAUUUGACAAGAUCCUCAGGGACGGAGUAUUCGCAGGCUAUUUCCAUGCUUCUCAGCACACUCGCGUUGUCCGCGUUCUGCUACAGAAGGCAACAGCAGUAAUCAAUGGUCUGGGUAUCUAUACAACCAAACACUUAACUCCUCUUCUCUCAAUGGUAUCAUUAGUCAUGACAGACCCCUUUGCAGUCUCAUAUCCUCCGACCCUGAUAGCGGCGACGCAAACCAUGAGCGCCAUCAUUACUAAUACAUGGCCUCGUGUCCGAGAAACUGAGCAUAUCGAGAACGUCGCCCGAAUUCUGUCAUUAUGUUGGUUAAACGUCUCUGAGGAGAUCGAGCAUGAGGAAUCUCGGACUUCAGCUGAUAUCAACACAUUGUCACAAGAGUUGGCACAUACAGCUCGAAUUCUUCAGGCCCUCUGGGACCAUGAUGCCUCUGAACGUCCCACGAAGCUGAGUGAAGCCUUGAAGCAAGAACCGCGGCUGUGUACUCUGUUCCCGAAAAUGCUCGCUGAAGGCUGA